CAUAUCUCUGCAUGGGAGUGUGUCAUCAGCUAUCAGUAGCCCAUAGGGGUUUAGUCAGCAAGGACACAUUCGAAGCUUGGUUGUUUCACUUCGAUAUCCACUGAUAGCUUUGCUUCUGAGAUGAAACGAGAAGCAUAUGGCAGCUGCGCAGUUGACGUGGGCGCUAUUCAGACUUUUGGUAUGUAUACUUUUGCAGAGGUUUGCUGGUGGACAGAAGGAAUAUCCACAGCAAGGGGACCGAAGCUGCAUGAACCAGCAUGAAUCGGAGAAAGAGAGCCAGUCUCUCCGUAAAACGUUCGAUGAAGAAACCCGCAAACUGCUGAACAGCUGCACCAUACCUCGCAUUGAAUGGAGAGGAAUCGGAUCCUCACAGCCUUGGAACCUGCCAUUGAGCGACGAGCCUUAUGUGGUUCAAUCCCCUCAUGGUUGGAACCGGGAGAUUGCUCAAAGCUUGGAAAGGAAUGCUCUUUUGCACUCAAUGGGAAACGUCACAUGUACACCCUCGCAAGCUGGGAGCAAACGAAUUGGUCACUUUGAAAUGACCCUGGCAGAAUACCUGACCGAGUGGUUGCCAAGACCAAUUAGUAGGAAUGCCGAGGAAAACCGAUACGUUUUUGGAGAAUUUGGAGAACAAUGGGCCCCACUUCGCAAGACCUACGUGCUUCCUCCGUGUGAGGUUUGCUCCCACGAUGCUGCGGCCGUAACCAUUGGCUUAGGUGGCAAGUACUCUGGGGCUCCUUGGCAUUUUCACAACUCAGCCUUUGUUGAAGUCUUCGAUGGAGCAAAGUAUUUCGCGUUCCUUCCACCCGGAGAUCCCGUGAUUGAAGAAAUUGAAAAGGUCAUGCAAUUCAACGCGUCCAUGUCUCAGUUCCAUUGGCACUUGGAGGAAAGGCCAAUCUUGGAAAACAAGGGACGCCUCAGGAACAUGCAAGAGUGUGUUAUCAAUCCUGGUGAGAUAUUGUAUUUUCCUGACAACUGGCACCAUGGAGUGAUUAAUUUGGGGGAGUACACGGCUUUUGUGAGCAGCUUCAUCAACAAGGACCUUGCGAAAGACAAGUCAGUGAAGACUCGUAGACCUGGAUCCACCAACAACUUCCUGAAAUUGCUGCCUCCUUGAUAGUUCGCCUGAGACGAAA